AUGGCCACGAACACUACAUCUCCUGCAGCACCCUCCUCGCUAUCCUCGCUAGGUGUCAUGGCUAUCACCCUCCUGUCAGUGGCUCUGGCUGUGGGGCUGCCCGGCAACAGUUUUGUGGUGUGGAGCAUCCUGGUAAAGAUGCGAAAGCGCUCGGUCACCGCCCUGCUGGUGCUGAACUUAGCCCUGGCGGACCUGGCCGUCUUGCUCACGGCCCCCUUUUUCCUCCACUCCGUGGCCCGAGGCACCUGGGUGUUCGGAGUGACCGGCUGCCGCCUGUUCCACUAUGUCUGCGGGGUCAGCAUGUACGCCAGCGUCCUGCUGAUCACGGCCAUGAGCCUGGACCGCUCGCUGGCGGUGGCCCUCCCCUUUGUGUCCCAGAAGCUUCGCACCAAGAAGGUCGCCAGGUGGCUGCUGGCCAUCAUCUGGGCGGCGUCAGUCCUGCUGGCCACGCCCGUCAUCGUGUACCGCACCGUGGUCCCGAAACCCCCGUACAACAGGAGCCUGUACUGCUUCCCAAGAUACGACACGGAAAGACACAGAGUCUUCCACCUGCUCUUCGAGGCCGUCACCGGCUUCCUGCUGCCUUUCCUGGCCGUGGUGGCCAGCUACUCCGACAUCGGGCGCAGGCUCCGGGCCCGGCGCUUCCGCCGCAGCCGCCGCACCGGCCGCCUGGUGGCGCUCAUCAUCAUCACCUUCGCGGCCUUUUGGCUGCCCUACCACGUGGUGAACCUGGCCGAAGCGGCCCGCUCGCUGGCCGGCCACCCGGCGGGUGAGCGGCUGCUCCUGGCGCGCAGAGUGCUGAUCGCGCUGGCCUUCCUGAGCAGCAGCGUGAACCCCGUGCUGUACGCGUGCACCGGAGGCGGCCUGCUGCGCUUGGCCGGCGUGGGCUUCAUUGCCAAGCUGCUGGAAGGCACCGGCUCCGAGAUGUCCAGUACCCGACGCGGGGGCACCCUGGGCCAGACAGGGAGGGGCGCCCCCGCCCCCACUGAGCCUGGCCCAGCCGAGAGCCUCACUGCCUCCACCAACCCUCUCGAUUGA